AUGCUCAUGAAAGAAUACAUCGCCAUGGAGUACCGGGAGUACCUAAGUCACCUGUGCGACAGCUCGAGCACCGCCUCGAAAAGCUCGUCAACCGGGUCGUUGAAACUGCCGCGAUCGUUGUCCCAGCGUUUCACCAUAACUAGCUCGAUCGAGGACGACGACGUCGUCGACGUACCCACGGAUAUUUUCGAUCGGGUCUCCCGGAAGCGCAAAAAGCUCGCAAGCAAAGCUCGCGCGAAAGCAACGUCCGCGCGCCUGCAGCGGCAAAAGUUCCGCCGGCGGAUCGUUGACCUGGUGACCGGAUGUGGCGGCGAGAGCUUCCAGCACUACGUGAAACACGGACUGGACACGCUGCACGUCGCCCCUAUGGAGCUUGCGAGGACCAAGCGGAUACUGGCGCUCGUACCGCGGAAACACAGGGACGCGUUCGCCGGGUGCGUCGAGAGGCUGCUCGAGGAAAUCGACGAGGAGUUUGUGCUCACGGUGAGGAGAUCGAUCGUGGAGUUUGCUCUGAAAGGGCCCUGCAGCCAUACGCUGGAUUCGGUUAGUUGUUUUGGAUUGAAGAGAAAGUUUCCGGUGGAUUACUCGGGAAUUUUCUCGGCACGACGCCUGAGAAUCCGGGAUAAUUUGAACUUGAUCAAUCCCUGCAUGAAGAUGUCGUGGACCCUGUGGAGCAGGGAUUUUCGUGAUUUUCGGCUUAUCGAUCUAAACGAAAUAAAAAGGCACAGCGAAAGCUGGGACCUGAUGUUGUUCCAGAGCACUGUCAGUAACCAAGUCCAAAGCGCCGUGAAAUACUUGAAAGAUAAUUGGUUCAGUGGCAUACAGGACAUAUUUUACAAAAACAAUGAGAAAAACCUCGUUCCGAGUCCGCUCGACUCGCGAGCUUUCGCUCGAUUCUUCAACUGCAUAGCCAAGCUAAUGGAGUCCCAGCUUUUGUCGAUCUACAAGAGCAGUCUUCGUGAUUUCGUUGGUUUUAUCUUCGACAUUCAGCACUUGGACAACGCUUUCAAGCUCAACGUAGUCGUCAAGUCGAGGGAGCUGAGCUUCGAGCCGCCGUUUCAAUACUUCAAGGACAUCAUUGGGAGUGUUCUCGACGUUAUGUGCGAGGCAGUGAUGAGCUUCGAGCGGCUCGAGAGCCAGCUUUAUCUCGAUUGGUCGGGUCCGCGGAUUUACCUCAAGCCAAAUGUUUCCGAGGCUGUGAUUGCCGAGCAGAAAAGAAAAGUUGCCGAUCUCAUCGAGGGGUUCAGAGUAGUGCUGGAAUCGAAACUUUUGGAGCUCAACAAGUACAAAGACUAUUUUAACGACAACGAGUUGGGGGUGGUCGAAGCUUUCAUAAAAGACGAAAACUCGCCGUUCGAAGAGUACCAGGGAAAAAUUCACGACUAUCACGAGCGUGGAGGACGAGUCAUCAUUGAGAACGAAUCCGUAAUCUACACGCCGUUCUUCGAAAUAAAUCAAAAGGAUUUUUUGCUCACGAUAACAGACAGCAUUGGAUUUUUAAAAAAUUCUCUACUCAACAAACUGGUGUCGGAUUAUCAAGAAAAAGUUCUGAGCGUUACCAAGGAUUACGAAGCAAUCGCGGAGCACGCCGAGAACUCGCCGCAAAACACCGCGGCCCUGAUGGAUUUGAUCGAUUACAUAAAAAAAGUCGAGGAUUUGGUGCUGAAAAAGUUGGAGGCGAAGCUGUACGAGAUCGUCGAGAACGUUAUUUUUCUCUCCGAUUACUGGCUUUUAACUGACGAGGAGAUCGGUAACAAUAAUACGGCCUUUCACUGGUACCAUAAGAUGCCUGAAGUUUUGGAUCGCAACGCGGUAAUCGUUGAAAACAAAACCGAAGAGUUUCAGGAGUUGUUGAGAGUGAGAUAUCAAAAAUUCGAAGACGAGUUGGACAAUUACCAGAAGCAAGUCGAAGAGUUCCAAUUUUUGGGAGAAAUCGACGAGAUAUUUCGGUAUCAAAAGAAGGCCCAGAUUUUGGAGAAAAAGUUAGUCAUGGCGAUGGAAAAAAUCGACAAGUUCAACGAGGAGGAAAACUCUUUCGGUUGGGAGACCACGCAGUACCCGCUGAGGAAAGAGAUAGUCGAUCGCUUGACGCCUUACAAGAAACUUUACGACGUGGCUUGCGGCUUUUUGUCCAAGUACGAAAAGUGGAUGACGUCGAUGAUCGGCACCUACAAUCCCGAAGAAAUCGAUGGUGAAGUGUCUACAAGUUUUAGAACGAUGUACAAGCUCGAGAAAAGCUUCCACGAGCCGGAGCCGAGGAAGCUCGCGGAGACGGUGCGCGAGAGCAUCGAAAGCUUCAAGGAGCGCAUGCCGGUGGUGCUGACCCUUGGCAACCCGGGCCUGAAGGAACGCCACUGGCUGGAGAUAUCCGAUCUCGUUGGCUUUCCCGUCAAGUUCGACGAGAGCCUGACUCUCCGGAAAAUCCUCGAUCUGCAGCUCGACGAGCACAUCGCCCGGUUCGAGAGCAUUUCCGAGGCGGCCAGCAAAGAGAACACCCUCGAAAAGACCAUGCAAAAGAUGGAGAAGGACUGGAUCGACACGCACUUCACGAUCAACCCGUACAAAGACACGGGCACCUACGUCGUCGCCGGGGUCGAUGACAUACAGCUCACGCUCGACGACCACAUCCUCAAGUCGAUGACGAUGAAGAAUUCUCCGUACAUCAAGCCUUUCGAAGACGACAUUCUGAAAUGGGAGAAAAAGCUUCACUUGCUGCAAAACAUCAUCGAUCAGUGGUUGCAGGUCCAAGCCACCUGGAUGUACCUAGAGCCGAUUUUUACGUCCCCCGACAUCCAGCAACAGAUGCCCGAGGAGGGCAAGAGAUUUGCCACGGUCGACAAAACGUGGCGCGAUAUCAUGAAAACCGUCGAGGCGAAUACUCACGUGCUCACGGUCGCGGAGAUCGACAAGAUGCUGGAUCGCUUGAAGAAGAACCACGCGACCCUCGAUCUCGUUCAGAAGGGAUUGAACGAGUAUUUGGAGAAAAAGAGGGUCUAUUUUCCGAGAUUCUUUUUUUUGUCGAAUGACGAGCUACUCGAGAUCUUGUCGGAGACGAAGGACCCAACGAGGGUUCAGCCACACCUGAAAAAAUGUUUCGAGGGCAUAGCCCGUUUGACGUUCGACGACGAGCUGAACGUGCACGAGAUGCGCUCGGCCGAGGGUGAGUUGGUCGCCCUGUGCGACGUGAUAUCGACGUCGGCGGCCCGCGGCCAGGUGGAAAAGUGGCUGGCCGAGCUCGAGACGGACAUGCGGAAGAGCGUGCAGUACAAGGUGUUGCAGGCAAUCGAAGCCUACCCGCAAAAGCCCCGCACCGAGUGGGUGCUCGAGUGGCCCGGCCAAACGGUCCUCUGUGUCGGCCAGCUCUACUGGACCACGAAAAUCGAGCUGGCCAUGACCAACCACGGGCUCCAAGGCCUCGAGAAGUACUACGCGCAGUGCCAGCAAGAGCUCAAUGACAUCAUUCUCCUCGUACGUGGGAAAUUGUCCAAGCAGAAUCGAGUUACUCUGGAGGCUCUGGUAACACUGGACGUGCAUGGAAAGGACGUACUUUUAAGUCUGUGUAAAGAAACCGUCGAGAGUAACACCGAUUUCAAGUGGCUCUGUCAUCUCAGAUAUUACUGGCAGGAGGAGAACAUGUGGACGUACAUGAUAAACUCAAACCUGCGCUACGGUUACGAGUACCUCGGCAACUCCUCGCGGCUGGUAAUAACGCCACUGACGGAUCGUUGCUACCGCACGUUAUUCGGUGCCCUGAACCUACACUUGGGUGGCGCUCCCGAGGGCCCAGCUGGCACUGGCAAGACCGAAACCACCAAGGAUUUGGCCAAGGCCGUGGCCAAGCAGUGCGUGGUCUUCAAUUGCUCGGACGGUCUCGACUACAUCGCCCUGGGCAAGUUCUUCAAGGGCCUGGCGUCGUGCGGUGCCUGGUCGUGCUUCGACGAGUUCAACCGCAUAGAUCUCGAGGUGCUGUCCGUUGUCGCCCAGCAGAUACUGACCAUUCAGCGUGGCAUUCUCUCCAAAGCCGACAAGCUGAUAUUCGAGGGCACGGAGAUCUCGCUCGAUCCCUCGUGUGCCGUAUUCAUCACGAUGAAUCCCGGAUACGCCGGAAGAUCGGAGCUACCGGACAACCUGAAGGCCCUGUUUCGAUCGGUAGCGAUGAUGGUGCCCGACUACGCCCUCAUAUCGGAAAACACGCUUUACUCGUACGGGUUUUACAACGGGAGGCCUCUGGCCGUUAAAAUAGUCACCGCGUACAAGCUCUGCUCCGAGCAGCUGAGCAGCCAGUGCCACUACGACUACGGGAUGCGAGCCGUCAAAUCGGUCCUCACUGCCGCUGGCAAUCUGAAGCUCAAAUACCCGGAGGAGUCGGAGGACAUACUCCUACUGCGGAGCAUCAACGACGUCAACCUGCCGAAAUUCCUCAGCCAGGAUCUUCCACUGUUCAAGGGAAUCGCCUCGGACCUGUUUCCUGGUGUAGUCCUGCCGACUCCGGACUACACGCACCUGAACGCUUGUGCUCACGAGGUCUGCGAAAAAAUGAACCUCCAGUGCACCGAUUUCUUCCUCAAGAAGGUCCAGCAGAUUUACGAGAUGAUGAUCGUGCGCCACGGUUUCAUGCUCGUGGGCCUGCCUUUUGGGGGCAAGACCACGGCCUACCGAGUUUUGGCGGGAGCGCUGCGUCUGAUAGAGGAGCGCCAAUUGAUGGACGAGCACCGCGUCGAGAUAACUGUCAUAAACCCAAAAUCGAUAACGAUGGGACAGCUGUACGGCCAGUUCGAUCCGGCCUCGCACGAGUGGAGGGACGGGGUCCUCGCUAUCAAGUACCGAGAGUUCGCAACGUCGGCCAAUGAAAAUAGAAAGUGGCUGAUCUUUGAUGGCCCCGUUGACGCCAUUUGGAUCGAGAACAUGAAUACCGUGCUGGACGACAACAAAAAGCUCUGCUUGAUGUCCGGGGAGAUCAUACAGCUGGCUCCCACCACGAAUUUGAUCUUCGAGCCGAUGGAUUUGGAAGUUGCAUCUCCAGCAACGGUAUCUAGAUGCGGGAUGAUUUACAUGGAACCCGUUUCCCUCGGGUGGGAGCCGCUACUGUUAUCUUGGCUGAACACGUUGCCCAAGACCUUCAACGACCACAUAAAGAGCCACUUGAAGGACAUGUUCCUUCGUUUUUGCCCGGCUUUACUGCAUUUCAUCGAACGAUGUCACGUCAAAGAAAUGAUAAGUAUGCAAGCCGCGAAUCUAGUUAGAUCGCUGAUGUAUCUGUUUGACUGCUUCUGCGACGAUUUUUACAAUGAAGAAUACGUAGGGAGUAUUUCCGAUUUGGAGAUGAGGGCUCAAAUCGAGGGUUGUUUCUUCUUCUCUUGCAUUUGGUCGAUGGGUGGGACCAUCCUCACCGAGUACCGCGAAAGGUUCAGCAUCUUGUUCAGAGGCCUACUGGAGCCCGAACUCUCGGAAGACAUGGUCACGCAGUUCAAUCUCCCCGAAGAAAUAAUGAGUCCUCGAAAGCCCUACAUAACGCCGAUCCCCGACGAGGGCCUUGUUCACGACUACAAGUAUGUAAAAGAAGGUAAAGGCAAGUGGAUAUUGUGGACGGACGAUCUGUUAAGCGCUCCCCCGAUUCCUCGAGACACCCCGGUCAAUCAGAUAAUUGUACCGACUGUGGAGACCGUUCGGUACUUUUACCUGCUCAAGAUGCUCGUGCGGCAUCAAAAACCCGUGCUCUUGGUCGGACCAACCGGUACCGGCAAGUCAUCGUACAUCGCCGAGUUUUUGCUCAAGAAGAACGAUCCUCAGGUCUACAAGCCGCUUUUCAUCACCUUUUCCGCGCAAACGACGGCUAAUCAGACUCAGGAUAUCAUCAUGAGUAAAAUGGAUAAGCGAAGAAAGGGCAUUUACGGAGCUCCACCGGGCUUGCACUGGGUGAUAUUCAUCGAUGACGUCUCGAUUCCCCAAAAAGAAGAGUUUGGCGCGCAACCUCCGAUCGAACUGCUUCGCCAGUGGCUGGAUCACGCGAUGUGGUACGAUCGCAAAGAUACAUCGGUGAUUCGUUUCGUCGACAUGCAGCCGGUGUGCGCUAUGCUGCCACCAUCGAGCGGCAAAGACGUCACUCCCCGAUUCAAGAGGCACUUCUUCACGCUAGGGAUCAGCGAGUUCGAGGACGAGGUCAUGAUAACGAUUUUCCGUAAAAUUGUCACCUGGCACUUUGAGACUCACAGCUUCCCAGCCGCUUUUCUUGGUUACGUGGACUACGUCGUCCAUGGAACUUUGGAUAUUUACAAGGGGGCGCUGAAGUUUUUGCUUCCCACACCUGCAAAGUCACACUACUUGUUCAAUUUGCGAGACUUUUCGAGAGUCGUUCAAGGCAUACUGCUUUGCCGUCCCGAGACGACAACCAAUUUGAGGAUCUUGAAGAGAUUGUGGGUUCACGAGAUACUUCGAGUUUAUGGUGAUCGUUUGGCGGACGAAGCCGAUACUGCUUGGCUUGUUGAGUACAUUCGCAAGGUACUGGCAGACAAGAUGAACGAAGAUUUAGAUAAGUUGUUUGGUGACUUUGUCAACGAACCCGGAAGCCCGGUAACGGAGCUUGAAUUGAGAAACUUGAUAUACUGCAAUUUUCAAGAUAAUUUGGCGGAUUCGAAGAUGUACACUGAAGUUCCAAAUCUCGACGAGCUUGCGCUGGUAGUCGAUCAGUACUUGCAGGAGUAUAAUUCCAUUUCGAAGAAACCGAUGAACCUGGUGCUUUUCAGAUUCGCAAUCGAGCACCUGUCGAAGAUCAGCAGAAUCAUGAUGCAGUCGAGAAGCCACGCAUUACUCAUCGGAGUCGGUGGCUCCGGCCGUCAGUCGCUGACGCGUCUGGCCGCUCACAUAGCCGACUACGACGUGUUCCAAGUGGAAAUAUCGAAACUCUACGGCGUCAGCGAGUGGCACGACGACAUGAAGGACAUCCUGCGGAAGACCGUGUCCUCGGACUUGCACACGACCUUCCUGUUCACCGAUAUUCAAAUCAAGGAAGAAUCGUUCCUCGAAGACAUUAGCAAUCUGCUCAACUCGGGGGAGAUUCCAAAUUUGUUUGCCACCGACGAAAAGGUCGAUCUAUGCGAGAAGAUGCGACAAAUUGACCGUCAACGCGACAAGUCCCUGCAAACCGACGGCUCACCGGUCGCGCUCUACAAUAUGUUCGUGCAGCUCGUCAAAGAGCAGCUGCACAUCGUCGUGGCUAUGUCACCGAUCGGCGACAACUUCCGCGUUCGAAUCCGCAAAUUUCCUGCCCUCGUCAACUGCUGUACCAUAGACUGGCUGCAGCCGUGGCCCGAGGAUGCUCUGGUUGCCGUGGCCACAAAGUUCCUCGGCAACAUCGAGCUUACCGAUAACGAAAGAUCGGCGUGCAUCUCGAUGUGCCAGACUUUCCAUACAUCGACGCAGGAUUUGUCAAAAGACUUUUUGACGCGCACCAAGCGACACAAUUACGUAACGCCGACCUCGUACUUGGAAUUGAUCAGUACCUUUGAGAAAAUUUUGGCGCAGAAGCGAAAAGAAGUGCUGGACAACAAGAAGAGGUAUGAAGCUGGCUUGGAAUCGCUCAACAAUGCUCACGUGCAGGUGGGCAAGAUGCAGGGGACCCUCGUCGCGUUGCAGCCGAAACUGAUCGAAGCCACGAAGGACGUGGAAAAAGUGUUGGCCAAUAUCGAGAAGGAAACUGCUCAGGUUGCCGAGAUUGAAAAAAUCGUGAAACAUGACGAAGAAAUUGCAAUGGAAGCAGCAGACGCGGCAGAGGCCAUAAAGGCAGAGUGCGACGCGGAUCUGAAGGAAGUUUUGCCGAUUUUGAACGCUGCUAAUGACGCGUUGAAUACCUUGACCGUUCAAGACAUACAGAUCGUCAAGACGAUGAAAAAUCCUCCGGCAGGGGUUAAACUCGUCAUGGAGGCCAUAUGCAUUCUAAAAGACGUGAAAGCAGAUCGAGUGCGCAACGAAUCGGGAAUGAUGGUCGAGGACUACUGGAAACCCUCGUUGCGUGUUUUGGGUGACAUACGAUUCCUCGACAGUCUUCUCACCUUCGACAAGGACAACAUACCCGAGCGCAUAGUGUCAAAGAUCCGCUCGACCAUACUCACCAACCCGAGCUUUGAUCCCGACAAAAUUCGCAACGCGUCGAUGGCCUGCGAGGGUCUUUGCAAGUGGGUCAUCGCACUGUCCGAGUACGACAAGGUGGCCAAGGUCGUAGCUCCGAAAAAAAUCGCUUUGGCCCAAGCUAAGGCCAGUUAUGCCCACGCCAUAGCUGGUGUCGAGGCAAAGCGGGCCAAACUUCGCGAGGUCCAGCAAAAGGUCGAGAAUCUCGAGAAACUUUUGGCUGUACGUAGAGACGACUAUCAGAGGAUGACAGACGAGGUCGCCGAGUGCCAGCAAAAGCUAUGCAGAGCUGAAGAACUGAUCGGUGGACUUGGCGGCGAGUACACGCGCUGGUCCGAUAUCGCCAAGUCACUGGGCACUCGAUACUACAAACUGACCGGGGACGUAUUGAUAAGUGCAGGUGUUUUGGCCUACUUGGGUGUUUUCACGGCCCAGUAUCGUCAAAAGCAAAUCGACCACUGGACGGCCGUGUGCACAAAUCUGGGUGUCGUGUGCAGUCCGGACUUUCAGUUGACGCAAGUGCUCGGCAACCCAGUACUGAUCCGGUCGUGGAAUAUAUUCGGCCUCCCGACCGAUUUGUUCUCCGUCGACAACGGCAUCAUAGUCAGCAACUCUAGACGUUGGCCGCUGAUGAUAGAUCCCCAAGGCCAGGCCAACAAGUGGGUCAAGAAUCUGGAAAAGAGGGCCAACGUACACGUCAUCAGAUUGACCCAGCCGGAUUACAUGAGGGUGCUGGAGAACGCCAUUCAAUUUGGACAGCCGGUGUUACUGGAGAACGUCGGCGAGGAACUCGACGCGGCACUGGAGCCGCUACUGCUUAAACAGACUUUCAAAUCUGGCGGAGCUAUUUGUAUCAAAUUGGGCGACUCGACCGUCGAAUACAACGACCAGUUUAGAUUUUACAUAACGACAAAGCUAAGAAAUCCGCACUACUUGCCCGAAGUUGCCGUGAAAGUGACACUGUUGAAUUUCAUGAUAACGCCGGAUGGGUUGGAGGACCAACUGUUGGGUAUAGUAGUCGCCAAAGAAAGGCCCGAUUUAGAGGCUGAGAAAAAUCAAUUGAUCGUGCAAGGGGCGGAAAAUAAAAAAACGUUGAAGGAAAUCGAGGACAAAAUACUGGAGGUUCUAUCGGGAUCCGAUGAGAACAUAUUGGAAGAUCAAACUGCAAUUAGUGUGCUGAGCUCCUCGAAGACGCUCUCGAACGAGAUCGAAGCGAAGCAGGCAACUGCGGAAAUUACGGAGAAGUCCAUCGACGAGACGAGAUUGCAAUACACAUCGAUCGCCACUUACAGCACCGUUUUAUUUUUCACAAUCGCUGCUCUAGCCAACAUCGAUCCAAUGUACCAGUACUCUCUCAUAUGGUUCGUCAAUCUCUUCAAGAACACGAUCGAUAACACAAAGCCCGUGGACGACAUCCAGCAGCGGCUCGAUGAUUUGCGCAAGCAUUUCACGUACUCGCUCUACGUCAACAUCUGCCGGUCGCUCUUUGAGAAGGACAAGCUACUCUUCUCCCUCAUACUGCUCGUCAAUUUGCUCGAGAAGCAAGGCAAGAUGUCCUCGUCCAAGUGGAUGUUUUUUCUGACCGGCGGUGUCGGCCUCGAAAAUCCACAUCCGAAUCCGACCAAGUGGCUGCCGAACAAGUCUUGGGAUGAAAUAUGCAGGCUUGACGAUUUGCACGAUGAUUUCAAGGGAAUAAAGGGUGCCCUGGGAACGCUCGCAGAGGAAUGGAAAGUCAUUUUUGAUCACAGAGAGCCGCACACGUUGGAGCUUCCCGCUCCGUUCGACGGGCUUGCACGUUUCGAGAAAUUGCUCGUCCUCCGCUGCCUCCGAUACGACAAAGUCAUUCCCGGUGUUCAGAUGUUUAUCGAGGAGGAAAUGGGAAAAAAGUACGUGGAAUCGCCACCUUUCGACCUCGUCUCCUCGUACGCUGACUCGCACUCCUGCGUACCAUUGAUAUUCGUUCUGACUCCGGGUGCCGAUCCGACGGCCAUAUUACUCAAGUUCGCGGAUGACCAAGGUUUUGGGGGGAACAGAUUGAGCUCCUUGUCGUUGGGUCAGGGCCAGGGACCGAUCGCCGUCCGACUGAUCGAUGAGGGCAUGAAAAAUGGCACCUGGGUCGUCCUACAGAAUUGCCACCUGGCUAAGAGUUGGAUGCCCACUCUUGAAAAGAUAUGCGAAGAAUUCACUCCUGAGACGGUCCACCCGGAUUUCCGGCUCUGGCUGACGAGUUAUCCUUCGGAGCACUUUCCGGUCAGCGUUCUGCAAAACGGAGUGAAAAUGACCAACGAACCUCCGACUGGUUUGCGGUCGAAUAUCAUACGAUCUUAUUUACAAGACCCAAUAUGCGAUCCAGAAUUUUUCGCUGCGCCAAAGCAGACGGACAACUUUAAAAAGUUGCUCUUUGCCCUCUGCUUUUUCCACGCAAUUGUGCAGGAGCGUCGGAAGUUUGGGCCAAUCGGCUGGAAUAAUCGCUACGAAUUCAACGAAACGGACCUCCGCAUCAGUGCCCUCCAGCUAAAGAUUUUUCUGGCCCAGUACGAGGACGUUCAGUUUGCAGCCUUGAAAUAUCUGACAGGUGAGUGCAAUUAUGGAGGCCGGGUGACCGACGAGUGGGACCGUCGCACGCUCAACACCAUACUGGCCAAGUACUACACGGAGAACGUGAUUCUGCGGGACGAGUACGCGUUGGACGAGAGCGGCCGUUAUUACGUGCCGAGAGCCGAGGAACACGAACAGUUUCUGGAUUACGUAAGGUCGCUACCGAUGGUUGCUGAGCCGCAGAUCUUUGGUAUGUCCGACAACGCCGACAUCGUCAAGGACCAGCAAGAGACGGAGCUCAUGCUAUCCUCGAUCAUGCUCACUCAGGACACGGAGGCAGGGGUCUCGGACGUCGGCAAAUCCCAGGAUGAGAUCGUAUACUCAAUAUCCGGGGAUAUUCUGUCGAAGCUGCCUCGGGACUUUGACUUGGUUGAGGCGCUCGAAAAAUAUCCAACCUCGUACAAGCAGAGCAUGAAUACCGUGCUCGUUCAAGAAAUGGGCAGGUUCAAUAAGCUUCUGCAAACUAUUCGCGUCAGCUUAGUCAAUAUACAGAAGGCGAUUAAAGGUCUCGUCGUUAUGGGCGCCGAGCUCGAGGAAGUUUUCGCUUCGAUAAUCACUGGCAGAGUACCCGAGCUCUGGCUCAGGGUCUCGUAUCCGUCGCUCAAGCGUCUCGGAAGCUACGUCUCCGACUUUUUGGAUCGCUUGCAAUUUUUACAGACGUGGUUCGAGGAGGGUCCACCAACGACGUUCUGGCUCUCGGGGUUUUACUUUACGCAGGCCUUCUUGACCGGAGCUCGGCAAAAUUACGCACGCAAGCACUCCAUCCCGAUAGAUCUGCUGGUUUACGACUUUGUGCCGCUCAAGGAAACAGAGUUCACGAAGCCUCCCGAGGAUGGGGUGUACAUCUACGGUCUGUUCCUCGACGGGGCGCGAUUUAAUCGGGACACGAUGAUGCUCGACGAGUCCCUGCCGAAGGUCCUCUACGAAGAGAUGCCGCACUUAUGGUUGGUGCCAAUGAAAAAAGACGACGUUGAAGAACGAGCUGAUUACAACUGCCCGGUAUACAAGACGAGCGAGAGACGAGGCACACUUUCCACAACAGGCCACUCGACGAACUUUGUCAUAGCCAUGAAGUUGCCAACUGACAAGCCGUCCGAGCAUUGGAUACAGCGUGGCGUCGCUAUGCUCUGCCAAUUGUCGCAGUAA